AUGAAUUUCUUUGGUCUGAAAUUAUUGCUCACUCUGUGUAUUGUGUUGAACACUGUCGUCGGUCAAUAUGCCCACACUCGGAAAGAAAAGGACAAAACAAAGUUUAGAAAGCAAUGUCUGAAACUCCACAACGAAUACCGGAAGCGUCACAGAAGUCCAAGAAUGGCUCUAAAUGAUAAGAUAAACUUGUGGGCUCAAGAUUGGGCAGAAACAAACGCUGCUCAAGACAUGAUGCAACACCGAUCGAACAAUCCUUAUGGCGAAAAUCUUUACAUGUUUGGGCCAUCGCCAGCUCCCAAAGGACCAAAUCGUUAG